UUGCGCACAUGUUUCAUUGACCAUUUUUCCCGUAAACAAACUGAUAACCUCAAAAAAUAGAUUUUAGUGACAACACGUAUCUGAAUUUGAUAUGUGAUAACACGUAUGUACAAGAUUUACAGUAGUGUUUUGUGUUACGGACGUUUGACAGUUGCCGUCUACUUAAACACCAGAUUUAGACAUUUUCAAAUAGUGUCAGUUACGUGAUAUUUCCGUUGGAAUUUGAUCAAUGCUGAUUUCUUAAAAAUUGAAAUGGCAAAACAACGGCUCAAUCAUAUUUUGAACUUGGCUCUUCUAAACUCUAAUGAGGAACAAGAACGUCCUGACUCACCUCAAUUUAACAAAGAAAAUGAUAUAACUAACAUAAUUUUAAAUGCAGAUGUUGUGUUUUCAAACUCUUAUGAGGAAUUAGAUAGACCUUCAACAAGUCACAAUACACCUGUUAAUGAAACUAUUAACCUUGAUAAUACUUUAAAUAACGAAUAUAAUUUGUUGGAGUAUAAUAUAGAAUCAUUUGAAAAAAUAUCAGAUUUAGAAGAUACUAAUAAUAUGAAUUUAAAAAUUAAUGAGUUAGUUAAUCCUUAUUCAUUUGAUUUAAAAAACCACAAUUCAGAUAAUAUUAUGAUGGUGGCGAGUAAUGAAAGUAAAGUUAUUGUUAAUGCUAUAAGCCCAGAAGAAGUUGAUUUAUCUGAUUGUGAAAGUGUUGUUGGUAAUAAAAGAAAACGAAGUACAAAAAAAGAAAUAUUUAAAUGGAAACGUGAAGUCAGUAAAAAAAAAAGAAUGCAUGGAGAGUGUUACAUGGGUUACAGUCGAAAUGGUAAAAUUGUUGAACAUAACAAAAUAAGAAGUGAAAGAACUAUGAAACCAAGAUGUAGUUCUAAAAAAUGCAUCAACUCAAGAUAUUGUCAACAAUUUAAUGAAGAAAUGAGAAGUGAUAUAUUUAAAACUUAUUGGUCUGCUACCUGGGAGGAGAAAAAUACGUAUGUAACAAGUAUGGUAACAUAUACAUUACGUAAAAGAGAUACAACUGGGCUUGGCAAUGAAAGCAGGAGGUCUUAUACAUUCAGUUACUUUUUAAAACACAAUUCAUCUGAACGUCUUCAAGUUUGUAAAAUAAUGUUCUUAAAUACUCUCGGAUUAAACGAAUGGAUGGUUCAAAAUUGGACAAAACAAGCAACUCAUGGAUUACCAGGAAAAAUUAAAAAAGGAAAGAUACAAGAAUCAUGCAGCAUUGUUGAAAUUUCACCACGCCAAAAAAAAUCUUUAGCAGUAAGAAUUAAUCACUUAAAGAACUGGUUCUCUACAUUGCCAAAAAUGCCAUCGCAUUAUUGUAGAAAUAAGACUGACAGAUUGUACCUUGAAGGACCGUUCUACUGCAAGCAAGAAAUUAUGGAUGCUUACAAAUUAAAAUGUGUUGAAGAUAGUUUGGUUCCAUUAAGCAACUGUUAUUUAUCAAACUUCAUGGUUGAAAAUAAACUCUCAAUUUAUCUCCCACGAAAAGAUAAAUGUGAUUUUUGUACCUCUUUUAAUAUUGGCGAAGUCAACGAAAAUGAUUAUGCUGAACACAUUGCCCAUAAAGAUAGGGCAAGAGAAGAAAAAGAAAAGGAUACAAAACUGGCCAAAGAAAAAAAAUCUUGUACUGUACUUACAAUUGAUUGUCAGGCAGUAAAACUUUGUCCUGUACUGCAAACAAGUGCAUUGUACUAUUCGAUGAAACUAAAAGUUCAUAAUAUGACAAUUUAUAAUAAUGCAACUGCAGAUUGUCAAAAUUACUGGUGGCAUGAAGGUAAUGGUGAACUAGAGGCUUCAGUUUUUGUAUCUAUAGUUAUAAAACACUUGGAAAAAUAUUGUUUGAGUGAAAAAAAACCCAUUAUCAUAUACUCUGAUGGGUGUGGGUAUCAAAAUCGAAAUGUGAUUAUGGCAAAUGCAUUAUUACAUUUUGCAGUUAAACAUGAAGUAACUAUUGAGCAAAAGUAUCUUGUUAAAGGGCAUACCCAAAUGCAGUGUGACAGUGUUCACAGCCUUAUCGAGAGAAAACUUAAAGGACAAGAUAUACACUUGCCUUCAGAUUAUAUUAGAAUAACCAAAGCAGCAAGAAAAACUCCUUCACAACUAGGAGCUACAUUGUUAAAUUAUGACUUUUUUUUAAAUUUUAAAACACAUCAAACCUAUGCAUCUAUUAGGCCUGGUCGCACAAAAGGGGAUCCUGAAGUGAAGGAUAUUAGAUGCUUACUUUAUAAUCCAACUACAAAGAGAAUUAUGUACAAAUUAAUAUUUGAUGAACCUUAUGACGAUAUACCUGUUGGAAGAAAACCAGUAUUAAUGCAAAAUGAAAUAAAAUAUGAAAACCUCUAUAAAAAACCAUUAAGUAUUACUUUAUCAAAAUAUCAAGAUCUUCAAAAACUCAAACAAUUUCUUCCAGCAGACACACAUUCAUUUUAUGACAGUUUAGAGCAUGCUUCAUCUUUCAAAACUAAGAAGGGUAAAAUUUAAUAUUUAUUGUUAUUUUGUAUGAUUUUUAUUUUAUAUAGAACCAAAAGCCUGGUUAUUAAAUUGUUUAGUGCAGUUUGUAUUGUU